AUGGCCUCUCUACUGAGGCCCGAAACACCGAACUCAGAUCCAGAGAAGGGUCUGAAGGCAUGGGCCAACCAGGUCCUUGCCAAGAGGAGGAGGAACCCCUCCCGGAUUCCUCACGAGUCUCGACCUCCAACUCCGAAUCCAUCAACACACUGGUGGAAAAAGAGGAGGUCGAGCAUGGCAAGCAGUGGGGAGAUGAGCUCGAUGAAGAGCACCGACAGUUGGCCAGACUUGGCCGACCAACAGAAUAGGGCCCUGCCUCCAGAACCCAGGAGCACCGAGAAUGGCCCCUGGGCACCAAGUGGGAUGAAAAUCCCGAAGACGACCCCUAUGCCCCAGAUUGCUGGGACGAACCCAGAGAUGAUCAGGAUCAGAGUACUGAUCCUCGAUCAACAGUCACUGAAGGAAGCAGUCAGGAACUGUGGCCAGCUGGGGGGCGAAAGUGGGCCCCAGGCACCAAGUGGAAUGAGGAUCCCAAGGAUGACCCCUAUGAGGUCGACCGGUGGGAUAACAUCACCGACAAAAGAGAAGGCGGUCCAGACGGACCCCUAUCCAGUGGGUCAGGGAGCAGCGGUGACACGCCCUCUCCUCGUUCAGGCAUGUAAAAUUGUGAAAAUUGCGAAUACAUGGGCCGCAUUCCAGGCCAGUAAGCAUGUAACAGAAAAUAGGACUAGAGCACACAGAAACCUCGCUAUCAUAAUGAUAAACUGGAGUAACAAUAAGCAGAGUGCAUGGCCUAGUAACAGACUAAUACCAGAGGGGUUAGGCUGCAUGUGA